AUGGGCUUAACAGUGACUUUUCUUAUGUUGAAGAUGAAUGGAUCUCUCCAGAUGGAGAGUGCACUGCUGUAUGCCUUCCUGGAUGUAUCCUCUGACUGCAAGUUCAAACAGCAGCUGCCUUCCCUGCAAAGCCAUGUGAUUAUGUCUCGCCAAAUGUACUGUGAAGAUGACUUUGAGCUCCAGACUGAUGGCAACCGGAGUGGCCACCUGCAAAGCAAUGAGGGAGUGUAUGAGCCUCCUGUAAAUGAAGAUGUUGUCCGGAUCAUUGCUGCUCAGCUGGCUGAGAUUGGAGACCAGUUUGACAAAGAAAUCCAAGGACAAGUAGUAUCUGAUCUAGCACGACACUUUCUGAAUGAGAAUCUGUCUAGAGAGGAGAUAAUCCUGCACAUGUCAAACACAGUGAAAAAGCUUGUACAAGCCAUUCCCUCAGACAUGGAACAGGAGAAGGCCAUGUUGGUGCUAGCAAUGGUCUUGACUAAGAAGAUCGUGAAUACAACACCUUCCCUUCUGCAGCGUGUCUUCAGCACUGCUGUCAACUACAUCAACCAGCAGUUCCACAACCAUAUUGCUGAAAUGCUGGGUGAGUGA